AUGUCCUCCGAAACACGAGAUUACCACCCUUCGGCUGACACAACGCUCUCUUCUCUGGAAGAGAAGGGACACCACACCGGCGGCAACGAUUCCCCCGCCGCUCAUCGCCUUGACCAAGUCGACAAGACUGAGCCUGGAGGGACGCUUGAGGUUGACACAGGGGAAGAUUUGGUCAAACCACGAGAACUCUUUCUUACCAAGCGGGACAGCAAGGGAGAGGAACAAUGGUGGGAGUGCCGUUGGAAGAACGGUUGA